AUGAUAACCACUGCACCUCAGAGCCUGAUAUUUCCCACUCCUUCUAUCCCCAGGAGAUAUAAGAACAACAUGAAGCCUGAGAACCAGAGCAGCGUGUCCGAGUUCCUCCUCCUGGGGCUGCCCAUCCGCCCAGAGCAGCAGGGCGUGUUCUUCGCCCUGUUCCUGGGCAUGUACCUGACCACGGUGCUGGGGAACCUGCUCAUCAUCCUGCUCAUCAGGCUGGACUCUCGCCUCCACACCCCCAUGUACUUCUUCCUCAGCCACUUGGCCUUCUCUGAUAUCUCUUUCUCAUCUGUCUCUGUCCCAAAGAUGCUGAUGAACAUGCAGACUCAGCACUUAUCCAUCCCCUAUGUGGCAUGCAUUUUCCAGAUGUAUUUUUUCAUACUUUUUGUCUGUCUUGACAAUUUCCUUCUUGCUGUGAUGGCAUAUGACAGGUAUGUGGCCAUCUGUCAGCCACUCCACUACACCACGGUCAUGAGAGAGGAGCUGUGUAUUUUACUGGUGUCUGGAUCCUGGUUCUUCUCCUGUGCCCAUGCCCUAUUACAUACUCUUCUUCUGUCCCGCCUGUCCUUCUGUGCUGACAAUACCAUCCCUCAUUUCUUUUGUGAUCUCACCGCCCUUUUGAAGUUGACCUGCUCAGACACCUCCCUCAAUGAGCUAGUUAUCUUCACCGAGGGGGGAGUGUUUGCUUUCCUGCCAUUAUGUGCUAUUUUGGGGUCUUAUAUUCGCAUUGGGGCCACCAUCCUAAUGGUUCCCUCCAUCAAGAGGAUCUGCAAAGCCUUGUCCACCUGCGGCUCUCACCUCCUUGUGGUGUUUUUGUACUAUGGGACUCUUGCAAUGAUUUACUUCACUCCUUCAUCAAACAAUUCCAAAGUCAAAGACAUAAUUGGUUCAGUUAUAUAUACAGUGGUGACACCGAUGUUAAACCCCUUUAUCUAUAGCCUGAGGAACAGGGACAUGAAAUUGGCUCUGAGGGUACUUUAUAGGAGGAAAAUUAUUUUUUCUAAGUAA